ACGUCUCACUCCAAAAUUUCGCCCAAAAUCGGAAGUAGCCAAAAGAUGUACGGAUUAAACCGUCUCAAUUCGGCCAAUCACAUCUCCGCCGCCGCCGCCGUAUAUCCGAAACGGUUGCUCAGAACAAGUAUCAGUCACUCCUCUCCCGCAGCGACAGCCGGAAUCAGUGAUACCCGCAAUAGUUAUGCGAGGAAUAGUGGAAAAAAGCUGAAGGAGCUCUCGAGGAGUGUGGUGAUGCUCACUUGCGAUUCAUCUGCAGACGGCGGCGUCUGCAAUGUUUAUUUGGUCGGAUCCAAUCACGCUUCUCCGAAAUCUUGGGAGGAAGUUAGGGCUGCGGUGCAAUUCUUGAAACCUGAGGUUGUUUUCCUAGAAUUUUGCUCUAAUCGCGAACAUAUUCUUAGGCGUGAAAAAAUUAAGGUUCCGACCAUAAGAGAAAUGGUGGAAAUGUGGAAAAAAAAUAAUAAACUUUCUUGGAUUUUUUACAAGUGGUGUUUUGCUAAGUGUAUGAGUCGAUUUAAUGUUGAACAUACCUGUGGAGAUUUCCGGGCGGGAAAUGAGGAAGCCAAGAAAUAUGGUGCCAAGGUUAUACUUGGCGAUCGACCACAAGAUAUUACAGAUCAGAGGUAUAUUGCCAAGACGUCUAUUUGGCAAUUUCUCGCCUUUCGAAUUGAAGGAAUUCCCAUGAAGUUACCAAAUGAAAUCCGGGAUAAGGUGAUCAACGGAAAGUAUGAUGCUCAUGCGUGGGAUCGAGCAAAUCAAGAGUUAUCCAAGAGCUAUCCUGAUUGGGCGGAAAUAUAUAUGCAUGAGCGUGACCUAUAUAUGGCGGCCAAUAUACUAGAUGUUGCCCGCAAGCAUAAAUCGGUGGUAGCUGUGGUGGGAAAGGCCCAUAUACCAGGAAUCCAGAAGAACUGGAAACAACCUGUUGACGUGGAGCAACUUCUUACCAUACCAAUUGAAAAAAGGACAAUAUCAGUGGGCAAGAUAAUUAGUUCUAUCGCAGGGGUUGCCAUAGUUUACGGCAUUUAUCUCUCCAUCAAGAAUUAGCUCUCUGCAUUCCAUGAGAUCACCUAACUGGGCCAGGAUGAAAUUAAAGCUGCUGCAACAAUGACGACUUAAUGUCGUCUUCAAGUUACUUCGGAAAUCAGAGUUGGCAGUUGGAACAAACAAGUCAGUGUUCACAUAUUCAGUAUUCUAUACUAUGCUUUAGUGUUAAGAGUAACGUUGAGGAAUGGAUGCACAUCUGAUUACACUUAAAGAGAUAUCAAUACAUUGAAGUUCACUUGUCAUUGGGAUUCUAUGAGAUAUAUGAAGUUUCUCCGUUGAUUCAUCCAACUUGAAACUUAGGAUUCAGCUUUCUUGCUUAAUUGAUGAUU